GGCGCGGCGCUGCCCCCUGCCGGCGGCGGGGCCGCCUAUCUGCGGGCAGGUGCGGCCAUGUCGGGGCAGGCGCUGGAGGAGCUCUCGGCGCUCGCCGCCAUCUACUGCGAGCCGGACGCCUGCGAGGUGCUGGCGGUCUCAGAAACGCAUGGAAUCACAUUUAGAAUUCAAAUCAACGUGAAAGAACUACUGGAUACAGAUAUACUUUUAAAGCUGUUAUUUCAUUUGCCAGUUAAUUAUCCAUCAACUCUACCAGAAAUUUCUGUUAACUCAGACCAGCUUACAAGGGCCCAGUGUACGGAUGUGAAAGAUAAAUUACUUGAACAAGCAAAGAAACAUCUUUCUGAACCCAUGGUGCAUGAGCUGGUUCUUUGGAUACAGGAGAAUCUUAAAUAUGUCAUUAAGCAACCAGCAACAGUUUGCAAUGAAAAAAGUACUUUGUCAAAAGCAGAAAGUACAGAGGAUGCUAUCUGGAUGCUCCUUUUGCAUUUAGAUCACAUGAGAGCAAAGGCAAAAUACGUCAAAACUGUGGAAAAAUGGGCUUCAGAUCUAAGGCUGACUGGAAGACUGAUGUUCAUGGGCAAGAUAAUAUUGAUUCUUCUUCAGGGUGACAGGAGCAACAUUAAGGAGUACUUGAUUCUUCAGAAAACUUCUAAGGUAGAUGUGGACUCAAGCGGAAAGAAAUGCAAAGAGAAAAUGAUUAGUGUACUGUGUGAGACAAAAGUACAAUCACAGCAUAAAAGGUUUCAGAUGUUUGAAGUCAAAGAAUAUUCAACACUGGAUGAGCUACAAAAGGAAUUUGAAACUGCAGGACUUGCGACUCUCUUCUCUGAGUUUGUGCCUCCUCUCUUAAAGUAAAAAUAAAAUACUGGACCAAAGCCGCAGUCGAUUGCAGAUGCUGCUGGAAAAUACAAAGACUAAUUUAACAAACAAGAUUUUCUGGAGAAAAAAAUUGAAGUAUGUAUCCUUUUGCAAUAAGGAGAAAGCAACUCAUACAUAUGAAUUGAUAAUCUUUUGACUUCUAUGCAUUAUAACUUUUUCAAAGGAAUAUGGAGUUAAUUGUGAUAUUUGCAUGGCAAACAUGAGAGACGGGGAGGAAGUCAUGUUAAAAUAAGUCUUUCAAUUAAACUGUUUUUCAGUCCCUGUUUUCAGUGUUUUGUUUUUUUUAUCUUUUGUGAUAGUGGUCUUUCAUAAAGGCCUGCUAGAAAGUAUGACUAAUUUCACUGUGAAAGCUUAUAUAUUUUUUUAAAAAGCAUAGCAAAACAGAUUUGAAUACAAGAGGACAGCAUAUACUUAAUAAUCGUCAGGUGUUCAUCUGCUAACUUUUCCUUCUCUAUUUACUUGAAUCUGUAAAUACUGGAGUGUUGAUUUCAAGAAAAAGUUCAUGUGAUUUUGGGAUCUAAACAAAAACUGGAAGUGUCUUUGUGAAUGUUAUUCUAAAAUGUAUAAAGCAACUCAAGUGGAGAACUUAAAUUGAUUAAAAUGAUGUAUAUCAUCUGAG